CCUUUCUUCCGACUUCUGAACCUGCGCAGGCUGGGCCUGAGUGACAAUGAGAUCCAGCGCCUCCCUCCCGAAGUGGCCAAUUUCAUGCAGCUGGUGGAGCUGGACAUCUCCCGCAAUGACAUCCCGGAGAUUCCCGAGAGCAUCAAGUUCUGCAAGUCCCUGGAGAUUGCCGACUUCAGCGGAAACCCCUUGUCCAGGCUCCCCGAAGGCUUCACCCAGCUGCGCAACCUGGGCCACCUGGCCUUGAACGACGUCUCCUUGCAGAGCCUGCCCAGUGACGUUGGCAACUUGGCAAACCUGGUGACUUUGGAGCUUCGUGAGAAUCUGCUGAAGUGCCUCCCGGCAUCACUCUCCUUCCUUGUGAAAUUGGAGCAGCUGGACCUUGGGGGCAACGACCUUGAAGUGUUGCCAGAUACCCUGGGCGCCCUGCCAAACCUGCGUGAGCUCUGGCUGGACAGGAACCAGCUCUCCUGCCUGCCCCCUGAGCUGGGCAACCUCCGUCGGCUGGUCUGCCUGGACGUCUCCGAGAACAAGCUGGAGCAGCUGCCCGAUGAGAUUGGCGGCUUGGUGGUGCUGACGGACCUGCUUCUGUCACAGAACCUGCUGGAGGUGAUUCCCGAGGGCAUUGGCCAGCUGAAGCAGCUCUCCAUCCUGAAGGUUGACCAGAAUCGUCUGACGGAGGUGACCGAAGCCAUUGGGGACUGUGCCAACCUGUCGGAGCUCAUCCUCACCGAGAACCUGCUACAGACCCUCCCCAGGUCUCUGGGGAAACUCACCAAGCUGACCAACCUCAACGUGGACCGGAACCGCCUGAAGGUGCUCCCUGCAGAGAUUGGGGGCUGCAGCAGCCUGAACGUCCUCUCCCUUCGGGACAACCGCCUGGACUGGCUGCCCCCGGAGCUUGCUGGCACCGCUGAGCUGCACGUCCUGGAUGUAGCGGGCAACCG